AUGACCCCUAAGUUAUACAAAGAAGAGGAGGCAUUGAUUGCAAAAGCCUUAGCGCGUGCGAACACCAAAGAAAAACCCCCGAAUUUUAGCAAAUUGGCGCAUUACAUGGGUACGCCUCCAACGAACCAGCAAAUUGAGGAAAGUGCGAAUUAUUUGCUUGCCAAAGAUUUCACUGGUCCGGGAGAGCCCCCCCGGGCUGGAAAAACAUGGGUAUACAAUUUUGUCGGUCGCUUACCAGAAAAAUACGUGAGAAUUGUUCAAAAGCCUCAAGAAAAGGAACCGUUCCCAAAAACGUCAAAAAGAGUCUCUAGCCUGUCCUCCCGAGAAUCAAUUACUAUCGUUGAGGGUGUAAGCGCCAAAGGAAAGAUUAUACCACCUUUGUUAAUUCCAAAAGGCAAGGUCCAUUUGGAGGAAUGGUAUCGGCAUUUGCAAGAUGACGAAUGGCUUCAAUAUAAACACGUUCAUGGGAGGGUUGUGAACAAAGUUGCGCGCUUAGGUGGCUUCGAUUUUGACAAAAACGACUUUUUUGAAGAAUUACGCGAUAUUCGGAUAAAAACUUUUACAACGAGGACGAUUCGCAACGGUUGGAGAGAGCGAGGCAUUUGGCCAUUGAAUCCUCAGCUUAUACUCGAUAAAAUGUCUUCACCAGAAGAAGCAUUUGAAGCAAUGGUUGCUGAGGGGGAUACACUAAAAAUUUAUGGCGAGGCGUAUGACACUAUUCCCAGCUCACCAACUACAAAAUCAAUCUCUCCACCGUCAACCGUCAUAAAACUACGUCGUUAUAUCAAUAAGAUUGAGAAGUCGAUUGACAGUAUAAAGGAUAUUUUGGACGGAGCAAGCCCAGGCCUUUCAAAACGUAUAAAAACGGUGAAUCAAGGAAGCCUCACUUUAGCCGAAUUGGGCAAUCUACACCGUGAGAGCUUUGCCAAGGUUCGUGAGACUGCAGAACGCAAGAAUCAAAAAUCUACAAGGCGCCAUGUCAAAGCGAGCGGUGCGCUUUAUGUAAAAGAUGCGAAUCGCCUCAUAAAACGCCGUCACGAUGGUGAUUUAUUGAGGAUUCAUAAGAGCCAUGUUCUUGGAGUGCUACAACCGGAGGAAGAAGAGGCUCCAACAGAGCCUCAAAACUACGGUUUUUUCUUUGAUACUCAGGGACCCCCGGCCGACUCCCAACCGCAGGGUGGGGGAGGCGACGCGACGGGUAGUGACCCGUUUUGA